UGCCUCUCUCUCACCAUUUCUCUUCUUCUAAAUUUUCCUCAAUGUAUGUUUUUUUUUUUGUUUUUUUUGUUUUUUUGCAAAUAAAAUGAGAGGAGAAGAGCGAAUCGUCUCUCAGAUUAUGUUGUUAUCGCAAUUUUAAUCACUUCUCUUCUUAUUGAAACCGGGGUUGGAAACUUGGAAUUCGCCAUGUUUACAGAGGGUCUGGAUCCUCAUGCCCUGCGAUGGGUUCGCGAGGACCAGUCGCCGAUUCUAACCCACGAGCAUUGGAUCGACCCGCUGCGCUUGCGGAGUGGCGGCGGCCGUGGGCUCGGUGUUCCACCGCCGGAGAGAUUUAGGAGUGGGCACCUCCCUAUUGGCGCGAUUCCUAUCUCCCGCACUAUCCCUAUUGAGGAUUACAGCGAAUCCGGGUCCGACAUGGAUGUGUCAUCGGAUACUGAGGUGGAGGAAAUCCGUGGUGGAAAGUACUUCGUCGGCUCAUCGCCAUCAAAUGAUGUAUCUGGAUUGAGGGUUUCUGACGGGGCCUUCGUCGGAAACCGAUAUGCAGGUCAGCUUUCUGGGCGUAAUUACUAUUCAAGUAACAGAAAUUCGGCUUUCAGUUCGUUGAGGCAGGAGACGGUUCGGGACAAUGGGUAUAUGGAGGAGGAGGAAGAGAUAGAGUUAUCGGAUUCGGGUGGCAGCUUGGAGUUUGCUUCUCAGGCAGGGAAGGAUAAUGGCGGGGGCAGCUACUUUCAUUUUCGCAAAGAAGUUAGCAGUCAAGCUGAGGAGGUUGGUGCGGGCAAAAGAGGGAGUUAUCCAGCAGAGAACUACACCUUUAGUGACCCCUUUAUAGAAGAAACUAAUUUUCCUGCUGAUAAGUGCGGUGGGGCUUCAUUGGGAAAGCAGUCCCGGAGCAACUCUCGCCAUGUUUCAUUUCAAGGCAAUCCGGAGAAUUUUGCUGAGAUGGAUGCUUUUUGUGAUGCUCCCACUGCAUCACCAAUUCAUGGUUGUGAUCAAGAAGUUGGCCAAGCUGCUGUUCAAGCACCUGCGGCCAAAUCUUGCAGUACUGGUGUUGAUGGUUCAGGUGGUUCAAAUGUAGAAAAAGAACCAAGUUAUCAUGCUAAUGGGGUAACCGAUCAGCCUGAUCAUAGUUCCAGGAGCUAUUCAAUUGGUGCUGAUGUUGGUGUCUCCUCUAGUUUGUUGCCGGCUCGAGUUCCCACGUUUCAAGCUAGUGCACAAGGGCCUUGGCAUUGUGUGAUUUCAUAUGAUGCAUGUGUUCGGCUAUGCCUUCAUUCAUGGGCUAGAGGCUGUAUGGAGGCUCCCAUAUUUCUAGACAAUGAAUGCGCAUUGUUGCGAAGUGCAUUUGGCUUGCAGCAGAUCUUGCUACAGUCGGAAGAGGAGCUGCUGGCUAAACGCUCAUUAGAACUUGUUAGCACGGGAGCAGCACCAAAGCCCAGAAAGACAAUUUGCAAACUUAAGGUCCAAGUCCGCAAAGUCAGAAUGUCUAUGGAUAUGCCUUCUGGCUGUAGUUUUUCACAAUUGAGACCACCGAUGCUGAAAUUAGAACCACUUCGAUAUCGGCUCUCCUACUUGCAAUCAACUCUCUCAUCAGGAUGGGAGUCAGUGCGCAAAGUUCGUGUUGUACCUCGCCUCCCUGCUAAUAGUUCCUUCUCAAAGAACAGCUUGGCGUACAUGCAUGCUAGUGCUAAGUAUAUCAAACAGCUAUCUGGGCUGCUUAAAAGCCGCGUCACUACUCUGAGAAACAAUUCAUCAUAUGAAAUUGUACAAGAAACAUACUCUUGUCGGUUGAGGAUGAAAAGUUCGGAUGAAGAUAGCUGGGUUCGAAUGCAACCAGGAUCUGGUGAAACACAUGUAUUUUUACCUGAUAGCUUAGGAGAUGAUUUAAUAAUCGAAGUCUAUGACUCCAAUGGAAAGUCCUGUGGGCUAGUUGUAGCUCAAGUGGCCAGCAUUGUAGACUAUCCUGGUGACAAACUUCGCUGGUGGCCCUUGUACUGUGAACCUGAGCAUGAACUUGUGGGACGAAUCCAACUGUUUGUUAAUUACACAGCUAGUUCAGAUGAGAACAACCCUAAGUGUGGCUCCGUUGCAGAAACUGUGGCAUAUGAUAUAGUUCUCGAAGCUGCAAUGAAAUCUCAAAAUAUUCAGGAAAGGAACCUGGUUUUGCAUGGAUCAUGGAAAUGGCUACUGACUGAGUUUGCAUCCUAUUAUGGAGUUUCAGAUGUAUACACCAAAUUAAGGUAUCUUUCUUAUGUCAUGGAUGUGGCUACUCCUACUGAAGAUUGUCUUGCGCUGAUCCAUGAUUUGUUAUUACCUGUAAUUGUGAAGAGACGUAGUGAGAAUACGCUGAGCCAUCAAGAGAACCGCAUUCUUGGAGAAAUUGAGGAGCAAACUAAGCUGAUUCUAGCUAUGGUUUUCGAAAAUUACAAGUCAUUGGAUGAGUCUUUACCAUCAGGAAUGGUUGAAGCAUUUGGGCCCACCACUGGAUCCCCCUCCCCAGCAUUGGCACCUGCUGUGAAGUUAUACACUCUUCUUCAUGAUAUACUCUCUCCAGAGGCUCAGUUAAAGUUAUGCAGCUAUUUCCAGGCUGCUGCGAGGAAGAGAUCAAGGAGGCACUUGCAUGAUACUGAUGAGUACAUUGCUCGCACUGCUGAAACCAGUAUCAUGGAUGACAUGGCAAUUUCCAUCGGUUACCAGAAAAUGAGAUCAUUAUGCUAUAAUCUACGUAAUGAAGUUUUUACAGACAUCGAGAUCCAUAACCAAGAUGUGCUCCCCAGUUUCGUAGACCUUCCAAGUUUAGCUGCAUCAAUUUACAGUGUCGAACUCUACAAUAGAUUGCGUGAGUUCCUUGUUGCAUGCCCUCCAACCAGUCCUUCACCACCUGUGGCUGAUCUUUUGAUUGCAACGGCUAAUUUUCAGAGGGAUCUUGCUAGCUGGAAUAUUUGCCCUGUCAAAGGAGGUGUUGAUGCAAAACAGUUGUUCCACUUGUACAUUAUAUUAUGGAUUCAGGAGAAGCGUCUAGCAUUACUCGAAUCUUGCAAGUUAGAUAAGGUGAGAUGGGCAGGAGUUCGUACACAAUAUAUGACAACACCUUUUGUUGAUGACAUGUAUGGCCGGCUGUCAACUAUGCUUAAUGAAUUUGACAUCAUUAUCUGCCGAUGGCCCGAAUAUAUUUUUGUUCUUGAGAUUGCCAUUGCAGAUGUUGAGAAGGCAGUUGUAGAGGCACUGGAGAAGCAGUACUGUGAUGUCUUGGCUUCACUAAAGGAUACUAUGGCAAUUAAAAAAUUUGGUCUCAAAUACGUUCAGAAACUUGCCAAGCACAGCCCAAUAUGUCCUUAUGUUGUUCCUGACGAGUUAGGUAUUUUCUUGAAUACCAUGAAAAGGUUGCUCGAUGUGUUGCGGCCCAAACUAGAAAUGCAGUUGAAAUCUUGGGGGUCUUGCAUACCCGAUGGUGGAAAUACAGUCGCUGGGGAGCGCCUCAGUGAAGUAACUGUCAUUUUCAGGGCCAAGUUCAGAAAUUACAUGCAAGCUGUUGUAGAGAAACUAGCAGAAAAUACUCGAGCACAAAGUGCAACGAAGAUCAAAAAGAUCAUUGAAGAGUCAAAGGACAUCAUGAUGGAGGCUGAUAUUCAUAGCAGAAUACAACCUUUGAGGGAUCUACUCACUGAGACAAUUACUCAUGUUCAUGAAAUCUUCGAGGUUCAUGUGUUUGUAGCUUUAUGUCGUGGCUUUUGGGACCGGAUGGGACAGGAUGUUCUGAGUUUCUUGGAGAACAGAAAAGAAAAUAGAGCAUGGUACAGAGGCGCUCGAGUCACAGUGGGUGUGUUGGACGACACGUUUGCGUCGCAGCUGCAACAGCUGCUCGGAAAUGCACUGCAGGAGAAGGAUCUGGAGCCUCCCAGAUCGAUUAAGGAAGCGCGCUCUGUUCUUUGCAAGGAUGCGCCAAUUGAAAAUGAUUCAGCCUUCUUCUGCUAAGUCUACUUUCAUGUUACAAAUCCGUGGAUGGCGACCAUCAGAAGAAAAACCUCAGAAGAGUCGAGAGGCAGCAGAAGAAUAUUUAUAGGUUGGAAGUCUUUACAUCUUAUCAGGACGCCACACGGUUUUGCCGCCGUGUAUCAGUGAUUCUUAAGUUAAAGCUGAAAGGGAUCCUCAACUUCCUGUUGACUGUGAUUAGAUUUUUAGUUCAGCAAGAUGGGCUACUUCUCUGUACCAUAUGAAAAAGGCCUCUCAAGAUUUGAUAGGGCUGUAUAUAUGUUAUUUACACUGUAAGUGCUUUCUGAGACCGGAGACAUUUCGAGAAUAAAUAUUAAAAUAAGAAAUACUACUAUUACAAUCAAAAA